AUGCUUGUUUUAUGCGCAUAUAUCCACGUUAUACUGAUUCCCACCGAAGCAUUCAUCUUCGAUCUGCAACGCGUAUUUCCCGCAGUCGAACCCAGCUCUGAUACCGUAUCCGUCGCUAAUGCGUGGCGUACACGUGCACUUGAGAUGGAGUCGAGACUCGGGGAUGUACAAACGCUCGCCGACUCUGAGCGCACAGAACUGAUCGCCUUGCGACUCGCUGUAUCAUCAUCGGAGACGCAAGAAACAUCGAGCAAGCCUUCUAAGAAGACGAAGGCGAAUAGCCAUCCAAACGUAGCUCCGAUGGUACCCAGUCUAUCAUCCGUGUCAUGGACGCCUGCUCUUCGCGCGAUGCUCGCCCUUGCCCAAAGCGACGUCUCUCGCCCACCAAUACAAGUGUUCAUCGAUACAUUUACCCGUAUGGUCGAAAGCCUCUAUGAGAAGCUUACGAAUCUCCUCUCGUUUACAUCUCCCAAUCACCCAUCUAGGUCGCAGAGCUCUGAGACCCUGAGCCUUAUCGGCGUAAUUCUACCACAACUGCUCUCAUCUGCAUUAUCGUCGAUCAUUCAUGCGCACAAGUCCGACGGAUCACCUCGUGCUGAGGAUAUUUCCUCGUAUUCUGCUCCUACGGCGAUACUUCGACAUCAACCGAUGUAUUCCGUAGCGGAUGCAGUAGACGCUCUCUUGCAACCCGUACAAACGCACAUCAUCGGUCCAAUCCUCAGCUCCAUGCGAAAUCUAUCCCGCAUGCGCACAGAACGCUUGCUGAAGUCCAAGACCGAGGUAUCUCGCCUACCUGCUGCGCCAUUACAUCCUGCGGCACUGCUACCAACGCUCAAUGCCCUUCUUCACGCCCUCGCCAAUGCCGAGGCCACCAGCAAGGGAGGAACGAGACGAGCACAGGUGGUUCUGGAGCGCAUACAUGCCAUGAAAGAUUGCGCAGCGUUGUGUGCUUCACGGGAGCUGCUCAGCUUACUGGACCGCGCGUUGGGCGACGAUGUGCGCAGUCCCGCCGCGCGAGUAGCGCGUCUUGCUCGCAAAGAAGCCCUUCAUACGCUGUGCACGGCUUUGUCGCUCUUCCUCGAACCGCCGCCUGGCCACUUAAACGAUGGCUUUCUACGCGAGCGGCUGGGAACAGUGCUUUCGGAUCUUGCACUUAGACAUCUAUCGCUGAAUGUCAAAGACAAAACUGGUCGAAAUACGGCGAGGUUGAGCGCGGUCGAGCAGGAUGCGCUGCUCAGUAUUCUGGAACGCGCGUGGGCAUGUGAGAUAAGGUGGGACGGAGAGGGGCAUGAGGAUGACUACACCAUGGGUUGA